UUUAUACUUUACAGUUUAAAAUACUGCACAUUAUAUUAUAAUUAAACGAAGAUGAAAGAGAUCACGUUUUAUUAUGACAUUGUGUGUCCAUUCGCUUAUGUAGCCAGCCGUUUAGUUGAACGCUUAGCCGAACGAAAUGCUGCAAGUAUACGUUGGGCGCCAGUACUGCUUGGUGAGUAGUUUGAUAGUUAAAUUUAUUUAUUAUUAUUCGCCCAAAUCACAUCAAAAUUAACAAUUAAGAUAGAAAAUAUUUACAAAUAGUAGGGCUAGGAACCUUCUAGAAACCAAAAGGCUUUUAUUUAAGGUCCCUAGUUACAAUUUAAAUUAAUAUAAUACAGACCUAACCCUUGAGUAGCAGAAAUAGUGAGUUGCCGUCUAAAAAGUCGUGAGAUUGACUGAAAAAUCGUGAGACUGAAAAAUCGUGAGAGAAAUUUUCAGGUUUGCUCAUUAAUGUGACCAGGGUUAACUUUAACAACACUAGUAAAUAAUCAUUAGAUUUACAAUUUUGUGAUAGUAUGCAUUUAUAUUUUGUUAAUAUAACCGUAUAUAAAUGCCUGGCUUAUUAAAAAUAGGCUGUUUUUUCUUUAUGGCUUUAUAGUAGCUUCCACUGUACAAAAACAAGAAAAUUACGAGUAAUAUUAAGACUAGCAGGAAAAUAAACUUACCAGGACACGCCUUUUACUUUGUAACACAAACAUCACGCAUACAAAUUCUGGCGUUGUACAUUGCGCAUUAUUAAUACACUAAGAAAGAGUAAUGUUUCCUUGGAAGAGUGUGCCUUAUUGUAACUAGAUGUUGCGUUCUUCGAUGAUUUCAUAAAUUCCGAAAAUCGUGGGAUUUGGGGACUUAAUCGUGAGAAAGCAUCAAAAAUCGUGAGUCUCACGAUUAAAUCGUGAGACUUGGUAGGUCUGAUAAUAUUAAAGUUAGUAGAAUCAGUUUCAAGAGCAGGGGUUUGUGGCCAUAUAUUGGGUAAUAUCAAUUGGCCAAUACGUAUUACCACAGAUCAAAUGUAUAAAUGUAAAUGUUGCGUGUGUGCUGGUGGAUUUGAAAAAUCAGGGACCGGGGGGGGGGGGGGGGGGGGUGGUGGAUAUAGCACCCCAUUUAUAGUUUUUCGUAAAUACUGUGAUCAGUGUGAUGUUUAAGUGAACUCAUUAACAGCUCAGAGUAGCUUCUAUAUUUCAAUUAGAACUUUCCAUUUAAUGUAUAUAUAGCUUAACCUAUUAAGGUGCACAACUCACCCCCUUGUCGAGUGAAAUCAUCUGGCACUAGCAAGAGUAAAACUAGGGUACCUGCAAGGUAGGGAUUGCUGCGGGCAUUAAAAGCAAAUAGAACUACAGUAAACAGCACAAAUUAUAUCAAGCACAGUGAUUACUCGCAGCGACUAUAGUGAGCUGUGAAUGGAACUGAGAAGAAGCAAUAUAUAUUGAAGUAGGAACUUUAGACCAGGGGUUAAAGGGCAAUCAGAGGUGACAGAUAUUAAACAUGUGCGUCUCAUUGACAUACAGGUAAAUUAAGAUCGGAUUUCAUAUCACGUCUGUCUACUGCUAGACUAAAGACACAUUUACCAUAUUAUAUAGACUAUAUAUAUACACAGAUUUAUCACACUAAGAAACCAAAACUUUAUAAAAAUAUAGAACUGACAGUGGCGAAAGUCCAAAACAAAUUUAAGCGUAACAUUAGACUUGAAAAAGCUUUAGAAAUUCGAUAAAAAUUCGAAGACUCAAGCAAGUUUAAUUAAAAUUUGUGUUCUGCAAAUAGAAAGCGCGCACGACCACAAUUCCAUGCGCUAAAUAAAAUUUACUGUAGUUCAAAACCCCCUCUCUGCACAUAUUAGGCUGCUGCUACGCUCGCUCGCUUCAGGCUCACUCGCUCCGCAGCAAUAAUAAAGUAGGGUGCAGUUCAGGUUAAUGGGUUAACAAGACACACUGGCAGAUUGUUUGGUUAACACAUUAAUUAAAGUACAAGACUCUCUGGUGUUAGGCAGAGUAAAAUAAUAAAGUAGCCGGGUCGAUGCAUUUGGGUGCAUUGCAGCCUAAUGGGUCAGUUUGUUUUGGCCAUUUUGAUAUGUAAGAUGAAUCUAAUUAGCUUUCUCACACCAUGGUCAGGCAAUUUAUACUUUCUGCCUCUUAACUAGGAAUCCUGGCCAUGUCGCUGAUGAUUUAGUGUUUUUAGGCUUAUAGGUCCAAGGUUGUUAAAUAAUUUUAUAUUUAAGCUUGGUAUGCAUGUUGAUUUGUCGAUGUUUCCCUUUCUCUUUGCUGUUGGUUCUUGGCCGAUGUGGACACACUCAGAGCAACAUCACAAACAUAUGACAUUUUUGUGUGUGUUGGUAUUAUGUAUGUACUCAGGUGAAUAUGAUGUUUGUGAUGUUACUCUAAGUGUGCAUCCACACCGGGCAAGCUGAAAGUUUGCCUGACCAUGGUGGGAAUUGAACCCGCAACCUUUGUGAAUGUGAUACUAGUCCAAUCCUCUCCGGCCCGCCCCAACUCCUUACAGUAAGGUCCUUAUAAACCCCAACUGGAUUGGUGGGAGUGAGGGGGAUGGUUGGUGCUAGUGAUUGCUGAAAGCAACUCGAACCGACUUGACCUCAUCUAUAUAGGUCAGUUGGCAGAGCAUUGGACUAGUAUCCCAAAAGUUGCUGGUUCGAUUCCCACCGUGGUCAGGCGAACGUUUCAGCUUGCCCGGUGUGGAUGUACACUCAAAGUAACAUCACAAACAUAUGAUUGGUUGUGUUUUUGUUUAGGUGGUUUAUACAAAGAAAAUCAGUCACAAUCUCCCAUGCAGACAAGUUGUGAUGCCAAGAAAAAAAUUAUCAGUGAAGGUGAGUGUUUCGACUGUUUCCACCUGUACAUGUUUUGAAAGUUUAGUUUUGGUGGAAAUGGUGAAAAUAAUUAGGGGAGAUGCAGCAUGACUUCCCUGGAAAAUUGGAACUCCCCUGCCCCUUAUUAGUGACAUCAGUGAGCUCUCUAUAUACGGUAUCUGGAGCGAGAAAGUCCAAAAAGUGAAGCCAGCUGCAUUCUAACCAUGCACACAAACAAUAGAGACUGGGACUGGAACUUACGUCCUAUGACUCUUCAAUUUGGAAACACUCCUUUCCAACCAUCAAACUGAUCAAUGUUAGUCAUUUAAUCAAUUUCUAAAGUUGAUUCUUUUUGGAUUUAUUUUAUUAUUUUGGUUAGGGUUAGAUCUAGGGUUGGGGUUAGGGGUUAGAGUAGGGGUUUGGAUUAGUUACUUAGCCAUUUAAGACCUCUUCCAUCUUCCGAAAAUGACGUCACAUGUAUCAGUUUGGUAGAGGGAAACAAGUGCUGACCCUUCAAUUUCCACCACCACCUUGGCAAGGAAUGUGCCGAAAUUUUGUAUUUUGACUUUGAUUUAAACACAAAUAUUAUGAUUUUAUGAACUGAAAACUUGAUUAGCGAUACGAUCUGUUAAAAACUGGAUUUAGCCGUGAAAACGGUAUAAAAACUGUUUACGACCUUCAGAGCUAUUGGACGUGUAUUCAUGAAUUAUGACAAUGACGCUACAUUAUUAUUCAGCUCACUCCCCAUUGGGGGCUUUUCAGUGACCAACUACAUCAAGUAUAAGUUCUUUGAAUGUUUGCAUGGCGAUAAAAUAUAAUUGUUUUUGUUUGUGGAAACACCACGUAAAAUUAGAUGAGUAUUAUUAUUAUUAUUAUUAUUAUUAUCACAUAUUAUUAGCACUGAUGAAGAUCCGGGCUUACGGAUCGAAAGCUUUGCAGUAAUAAAUUUACGUGGUGUUUCCACAAACAAAAACAAUUACAUCAAGUAUAUUAUGCUUACUUAUGUUAUUUACUUAUAGCCUAGACUAUUUAUCUUUACAACAAUUGUGCUUACUUUCUUAAGUGUGUUUAUCCUAACCCACCUUCACAACUUUCCCUGUUGAAACCGGAGCGCCCGGAGAAACCCCACGACUUUUGGCAGAGUGUUGACUAGUUUUCACCCGUAGCGAGAAUCGAACACACGACUCAGUGGUGAGAGGCACUUGCUCUGAUGACUGCGCCACCGAAGCCCCAUGACUGCACGACUCAUCCAAUUUUGCCCUUCAUUACAUUACUAAAAGGGUACUUGAUGCAGAAAUGAAUGGCUUUUGAAUUCUACAGAAUUUUUUUUUUACCAAGUGUGGACCCUGAGCAACACAUAUAAUAUUGUCUAAUUUUCAUUUUGAUCUAUCAUUUAACCUUUCCCAUGGGGAGUUGCAUGACUUUUCAGGGAAGGUGCAAAAAAUCUCAGGGGAGGCGCAUAACGAUCUCAUGGCAGGUGCGCACCUCCCCACACCUCAAAAUCCGGCCAUGUUCUAAUCAUUUCUCCUUUCAAAUAUUUAUUUUUUUCAGAUUUCACGAGAACGUUUCAUCGAUAUAAUGUGACAAUUAAUUUUCCAGCAUCGCAUCCCAUGAACAGCUUGUCUGCCAUGAGAUUACUGGCUGCCACUCCUGAUAGCAAUACCUCAAAUAUACGACGGGAACUAAGUCACGCACUUUUUUCUUCCUACUGGAUUGAAAAUAAAGGUACAGCCCUAUAGCAAGACAUGAGAAAGUCCGCCAGCAUGGCAGCAUGCUGCCAGGAAAUUUUUUUUAAUCUCACAGGAAAUUUUUAAGGAAAAGCAAGAUAUUAAGAUUGAAGUUCGAGAAAUUUCAAAAAUCAGCAUUAAAAUAACAAACAUCACAAUUAGAGCAUAAAUACAACAUAAAAAUUUGUAACAUAAACAUAAAAAUUUGUAUCAUGUAACAGUGCUACGACUGUCUGUUAAUUUGAAUUACAACCAAAAUUCAUAGUUUAUAAAAAAAAUUGGCAGGAAAUUUUUGGUCUGGGAAGCCUGCUGCCAGGAAGAAAAUUAUUUUGUCAAGGCUUGAGCUGUAGAAUCCCAAAAGUAGCGCCCCCUCCCCGAGAGUAGCGGCAAAUUUGGGAUGUUUAGACAAUUUCCGAAAAUGACAGCCUGUCGGAAUUAAACUAGCGGCGUGCCCGUAUAUUGUAUUUACUUUUUGCAGGUAACCAAAAAUAAUUUGCAGUUGCCCUGCAAGCAAAGCGAGCAAUCGGAGAAAGUUUGGGACCGCGUAGCUUGCAUGUUGCGACCUCGUCACCAGGGGAAAACGUUUGAGCAAUACACCCUUUCGAUAAUUACGUCAUUUGGCCUGGGAGCCUCGCUCUCGUGAAUCGUGAGCCAAUCACCUUGCGUAAUUUACUAAUGAGAGCGAGGCUCCAAGACCAAAACAUGUGUGUGACGUAAUUAUCGAAAGGGUGUAUUGGGCCUGAGAAAAUCAAUUUUGGCAACAUAGGAAACAUAACUCGGAGGUUGACGGCCCGAGAUAUGAUAAAAAAAUGGCCAAGACUGACAAGAAAAUAGUCAAACCACUAACAGUACAAUACAGUAGAAACGAGAAUGUUACUUCUGGUCGGUAAAUACUGCAAAAAGACAAUGGGAAAAACUGAAAUUUUCGACAAUGUUAGCAUGAACAAGACGUUCUGCAUGACCCACGGUUGCACUUAGCUCCAGUCACUUGUAAAUAAUGCGGUUACCUCGGAUCCCAACAUCUGGCACCCAUGAGUAGCGACUCCCAUAAGUAGCGACUCUUGGUAACUUGUUUAAGAACAUUGAAAGGGCAAAAUAAAAUUAAACAAAAGAUAAAUUAAGUAUGAUAAAUGGAAAAGCAAAGAAAAAUAUUCUAAACCAUCCCAAAGUAGUGCCCCUUCCCCGAAUACCACCAACAGCGGAUAAAAUUGAAAGUAAUGGCGGUCGUUAUGCUUUCGAGAUUCUACAUUCCAGGAGAAUUCCAACUGUAUAGCUUACUGUAAUUUCCUCACUUCAGAGUUCAGUAUCUGUGACAGUAGUUCAGUUAUUAUACGAUUCAGAGCCAAUUACAUAAUGACUCAUCACGUGUUUAAAGCAAUACGGAACAUUUUAACUCUGUUAAUUUCCAACAGUUUUUCUUUUCACAAAAGGAUUCUGGGAAUUAAUUAUUUAACUAAAAAUAAUUAAAUAUAAAUAAAGUUACCAAUUUGAAUAUUUCGGUUAAGAGCCGUUUCAUAUAAAUAACAUUUAAAGUGAAAGGAUAAGGAAAUUCAAGAAAUUGCUGCAAUAUUUCCAAUAUCUCGUUGAAGAUUACCAAUUCCGUUGGAGAUUACUAUAUACCGUACAAUUCAUCGCCAAUCGCCAUGCAUGCAAAUCUACAAUUGUUAGGAAGAACUUUCUAAGCAUCCGAUAUAGUCCACUAAAACAUGUCACCUUUUUUACAUUUUUGAAUUGUAUAUAUUUACCUGUUUAGAGGAAAUAAAUGAUCAUGAAAGCGCGCGAUCAGCCUUUGCAGGAAUACAGAACCUAGCUAGUUGAACUGUUUAGUAUCACGUGCUAGAAUGUUCAGAACCGACUGCGCGGCAUCUUUUAAUAUUCUAUUCCCUAGAUUUAACAAGUAGUGAUGUUCUCCAAGACAUAAGCAAGACUGUUGGUUGGAAUGUGAAUGUGGAGGAAGUAAUUCAAGUAAAAGGCAAAACCUUGUUAAAGGACAACACUAAAGAAGCUUUAGACUAUGGUGCUUUUGGCGUGCCCAGGUAUGACAAUAUUUAUGCAACGGCCUGCGAUAUAUUAAAAGAUCAUCGUCGAAUUAAUUUUCAAAAGUUUAAUGUGAAAAAGAAAUUUUGACAUGAGAAAUUUUGACAUACGUUUUGUGGAGUACUACUUACACCUGCAUUCUAAAAGCUCACUCACGCUCACGAUCAAAGAGUGGAGGUUCAAUCUGAGCUUCUUCUGAGUGUCAAGCUGUUUUUGAAUAGUUGGAGGGUUAGUGUCGUACUGUACCGUACUAUGUGACUACUAGCGCUCCAGCUAUUCCAAAACAACAUUGACACUCAGGGGAAGCUCAGAUUGAACCUCCGCUCUUUGAGUGUGAGCGUGAGUGAGCUUUUAGAAUACAGGCGGUAGUGGGGUUUGUUUUGUUUCUUAGCUUUGUCGUGAAUGGUAAAUUAUUUUGGGGUGUUGACAAUAUGCAUCUCGUGGAAAAAGAACUGGGAAAUGUCGAUGCUGCUCUACUAAGAUUGGUACGACCGCCAACAUAUCCUCAAUCUGCCACCCUCACCAUUUACCAUGAUCUGGCAAGCCCUUGGAGCUUUAUAGGAUCUACACAGGUAUAUAAGGCAGUAGAAAAAGGUUCCGAUUUUACUUCCAUUACCGCUAACCUCUCACUAGCUUAAAACGCUUAACAUUUGAUUGGUUAAUCGGCCAGCUUUAACGCAUCUGAUUGGUGAAGGUAGCGGUAAGGGAAGUCAAAACCUGAACCUCUCUAGUUCCAAAACUGAUAUAUGUAACUAUUUCAUAAAAUGGGCAUUCCAUGGAAGCUGUAAAUUUUUACGAUUCCGCCCAGAAAUUUUCUUUUCAAAAAUAAAAUAUCUUGUUUCUCAAGCACUAAUUUACAGGGUAUUACACAUCUAUAAGCUAAGCAUUUUUUGAGUGGUAACAGGUAAUGUUUAGCGACGAAUUAAAAAAAUCAACACAACAGAAAUGGUCUAUAUCUAAUGGAAUAUCUCUUUAAUAUUGGAAAGGGUUAUACGUCAUAUAUGAGAAUACUAGUCUGUGCUGAUUAAUUUGGGGGCGAGUCUCGCAAGAUUUUAUUCAUCUCUUAUUACUACAAAGGCAAUUGUUAGAAAAUUUUCACGGUAAUAUAGUAAUUUUUUAUAAAAUUUGAAUAUUUUAAAGACAAUUUGAAUUUUUUCUGCCACUACAAUAUCUAUGUUGGGCCUCCUGCCCUUUUAACACAAGAAACAAAAUACAACCAUUAUACAAGAAAUAAAAAAGUGCAUGGUCUAUUAAGUCUAGUUUAUGAACCUGUUUUAGAAAAAUAUUUUAAAAAAUUGUUGCGUAUAUCCGACCACAUACCUUAUAAGGCAAAUAUCUGAUAAAUCGUACAUUUCUGUGAAUACGCGUAAAAUAACCCUCGCAUAAAUUCCGUAUGAUUGUUAUCCAAGAUUGCAUGAACACCCGUGUAUUCAUGUGUGACCACAUAUGUUUUAUCUUCUUCGUUUCUGCUUUUUCAAGAUAGAGCAUUUGGUACACAGUUUAAAACCUGUCAACGUUAAAGUGGAGUCAGUUCCUAUUGUCGUUGGUUCUCUCUUUAAACAAAUUGGCACACCAGUUGUAAGUUGAAAUGAGUGAGGCUUUUAUAAUUAGAGAGUUUAAGAUACCCGGUUCCACUUUAUGAGUAUGGGUAUCGCCGUUUUCUUUACCAAUUUUAUGCUAUAUUAACAUGUUUACCCGUAAUUUCAACCCGUUCCCCCGCGGUGAACCAUGAUCUACACGUAAACGACAGACGGGUACGGGUGUUUUCUGUUUACUAAAUAAAUCAAUGCAUAUAUUUGCUCGUCAAUUUUUCCCAAAUCUAUGGUGAACCUCAACAACGAAAGUUACCAUUCUCCGAUCGGUUUUCGUACCCCGGAAUAUCUUGGAUUUCUUAAGUUGCAAGAUGUACCCGGUUUACGGGUAAGGACCAAGGGGUACGUGCAUAUCAUGCACCCAUACCCGUAUUUAAUAAUCCUAGACAUAAUUCUUUAAAUGUGUAAAUAGUUUAGUCAUAAUGAUGCAGUAGCUCUAUAAAUUGUAAAAGUAGUUUGUAAAGCUUCCAUUCUAUUCUAUUCUGUACCCGUAAAUAAAGUAUCUUAACCUCUCUAUUGUAAAAUUUGCUUAAUUUUUGUAUGAGGUUGAUUUUUGUAUAUGCGUUAAAGAGACUAUUCGUAAAUUCGUGUAUUGCUUCAGGUACCAAUGAGAGUUCUAAGUCCAGCAAAACUGGCGUAUCUGUCAAGGAAUCUUCAGGAUUGGUGUGACUAUCACGGCAUUAAGGGUUUCAGGUUCCCAUCACACUUUCCUUUAAGGACAGUUCUUCCAAUGCGUGUUUUGUUGGCCAACGAUAAAGCUGACGACAGACUUCAAGCUAUACUCUGUAAGUUGAUUUCUGAAAUCAUGCAAUAUAUUUUUGGUUUGGAAAUUUCUCUUUAUAUAGCUACUGUAUGAAAAAUAUAGGUAACGAACAUUAAUCUUCAACAGAAAAAUAUGGCUGAGGCCCCUUGUUUUCAAACACUGCUGCACAUUAUAUUUAAGGAGCCAUCUCUCUAUCUUGCAUGCAUGCAUUUAGGAACUACACGCUUUUAAUAUAGGCCAAAAUGUCCUCCUACUCUACGUUGUUGCUUAAACUUGUCUGCGGCGCAGGCUACGUUUCAGUUCUUUCUAUGUUUCUUUCUACAUUUCAGCUCAUUUUGCUUCCUUUGCCCCAUAAUGAGUAAGACAUGGUUUAGUAUACAGUACCUGAGUGUGUAUCUAACGAAAAAAAGACAAUCUUUGACGUCCUUCUUUGUGCAUAUAUACAUGCCCCUCUUCCAGUACGAAUUUCGUAACUCUUAAAAUAUUUGUGUGCCAUUUUGUUUUUUAAACAGACAAAGCAGCUUGGAUUGAUGAUAAAGAUGUUGGGGAUAAAGAGGUAUAUGAAACUAUAUGAAAUGAUAGAUGUAAUAUAUGAACAACGAGAGCGAGUGUUUCACCGGGAUAUCCAAACACGAGAAAACGAUGUAUGGAGACACGAGCGCGAAGCGCGAGUGUUUUCAUACAUUGUUUUCGAGUGUUUGGAUAUCCCGGUGAGACACGAGCUCGAGUUGUUUAUAUGGCUUCUCAAAUGAUUCGAAACGUAACAGAAUGUUUUCGUUUGCUGAUUUGAAUAGAAUUCUUAACCAAGCAUAACGUGAUUAGGAAUUCUAUUCAAGUAAUUUUGCAUGCGUAAUUAAGAUAUUUGAUGAAAACACUAGUGACUUUCAUCAAGUAUCCAAAUGGCAUCUUGUGAUCAAAUAGGUGAUUAUCAUUGGCUGAAUUACUCAUGAAUUAUUAAUGAAUUUGAGAAGACAUAUAUGAAACUUUUUAUCCCGAAAGUCAUACUUGAUAACGGUUUAUUGUGAAAUUAUUACCUCCGUCCGGUGGUUAUGUUUUCACCUUGGUUUCUGCAGACUCACCACGAUCACUCAAAAGAUAUCCAACGCAUUAAUACUGUACAAAAAUUUGUUGGGCAGAUAGAAAUACUCCAAGGACAAAUGGAUUACAUUUUGGGUUAAUUUGGAUGACAAUUACACGACAAAUUAGCAGAAGUUUGUCCUGCUUUGUAUUAAUAGGCUACAUGCAUGAUAUACGUGACAAUGUGACAUAAUUCACUUGCGGAGUUUAUGAGUGCAUGCCCUCUAGUUUCCAUUCCAUUCCAUUAGUGUCGAUUCACUGCAUGUUUUAAUAAGUUUGCAACGAAUUUUAUAGGUUUUAAAAGAGAUACUACUAGACGCUGGAUAUGAUGCGGAUGAACUGUUGAAUAAAGCACAGAGACAAGAUAUUAAAGAUCAACUAAGAGCAAAUACUGACAG